UACAUGUCUACAACUGACAUGUUUGCAACGGAAGAAACGCACAUGUUAAGAAUUCCAUACAUCUUUCUAUAUCUUUCUUUCAAUUUUCUUUCGAACUUUCCAUAACUAAUUUUAUUUUCUUGAUAAUCCCAAAUUUAACUUCGUUCUAUAUUUGGAGUUACACGAAUCCGAUACUGGGAUUUUUGGUUAGGUUUGAAAUACGUAUGAGCUGUUUGCUGAAUCUGCGUCUUUCUUCAAAUUCAAAUAAUUUCAUCACUUGCCUUCUUAUUUCUGUUCUCCAUUGCUCUAAGAUCACAGUCGUUCGUAUUUCUUUUGUUGUUAAGAUUAUUCAACUUAUUUUCGAGAUUCAGCUUAAAUUUUCAAAUCUUUUUUUAUAUUGUAAUUAUCAUUAUUUUCUUGAUCGACGUUGAUUUUCGUUGAAUUGGAAUCAUGGAGUCAGAGGACAAGAGUGAUUGCCAAAUGCAAAGAGUAUCCUCUCCAUCAGUCAUUGUCAUAGGCAGUGGUUUUGCUGGCAUUGCCGCUGCACGAGCUCUUCAUGAUGCUAUGUUCCAGGUUAUUGUGUUGGAAUCACGGAACAGAAUUGGUGGUCGAGUUCACACCGACUAUUCAUUUGGUUUUCCUGUUGACUUGGGCGCUUCAUGGUUACAUGGUGUUUGCAAGGAGAACCCAUUGGCACCUCUUAUCGGGAGACUGGGACUACCUCUGUAUCGUACAAGUGGGGACAACUCAGUUUUGUAUGACCAUGAUUUAGAAAGCUACGCGUUGUAUGAUUUUGAGGGAAAUCAAGUUCCUCAAGAAUUAGUCUCAAAGACUGGCAAAACAUUUGAGAGCAUCUUGAGAGAGACUGAUCUAGUAAGACAGGAAUUUAGCGGGGACAUGUCUAUACAACAUGCAAUUUCCAUUGUUUUUGAGAGAAGGCCAGAUUUAAGGUUGGAGGGGCUCGCUCAUAAGGUGCUGCAAUGGUACCUGUGCAGAAUGGAAGGAUGGUUUGCUGCGGAUGCUGAUACCAUAUCAGUUAAAUGCUGGGACCAGGAAGUGCUGCUUCCUGGUGGGCACGGGUUUAUGGUCAGGGGUUAUCUUCCUGUUAUUAAUACACUGGCAAAAGGUCUUGACAUCCGGUUGGGCCAUAGAGUUACGAAGGUAGUUAGACAUUAUAAUGGAGUGAAAGUAGUGGUUGAAGAUGGGAGAACCUUUACAGCAGAUGCUGCAGUUGUUACCGUACCUCUUGGUGUUCUAAAAUCUUAUUGUAUCGAAUUUGAGCCGCGGUUACCCCAGUGGAAGGAAGAAGCUAUUAAUGAUCUUGGAAUUGGGAUUGAGAACAAGAUAGUUCUUCUCUUCGAAAAGGUGUUUUGGCCAAACGUAGAGUUCCUGGGUGUUGUUGCAGAGACUUCUCAUGGGUGUAGUUAUUUUCUUAAUCUACACAAAGCCACUGGUCAUUCUGCCCUUGUUUACAUGCCAGCGGGGCAACUGGCCCGUGACGUUGAGAAAUUGUCAGAUGAGGAAGCUGCUAAUGUUGCUUUUAGGCAACUUCUAAAGCUCCUUCCAAAUGCUUCUCCACCGAUACAGUACCUUGUUUCUCAUUGGGGAACAGACAAAAACUCUCUGGGCUCUUACAGCUACGAUACAGUCGGGAAAUCCCAUGAUCUGUACGAGAGGCUAAGGAUCCCGGUGGAUAACCUAUUUUUUGCCGGGGAAGCUACAAGUAUUGAUUACCCUGGUUCAGUCCAUGGAGCAUACUCCACUGGCUUGAUGGCUGCUGAGGACUGCAGAAUGCGCGUCUUGGAACGAUAUGGAGAGUUGGACCUUUUUCAGCCAGUCAUGGGAGAGGAGGUCCCAGUAUCAGCGCCCAUAUUGAUCUCCCGUAUGUAGUGUAAAUUAUUCUCAAGUAGCAAGGUUGGAGUUGGCUAACACAAGACGCGCUGAAUGCUUCGUGAGGAAUUGUGGAAAUCAAAAGGUUUUCCAAUGAAUGAUCGAAGCAUCAGUUAUUGUCGGCUUUCUGACCUUCAUUGCAAAUAAAUAAAUUAUGAUUGAACAAUUUGUAGUAGAAAAAGUUGUCUUCAAUCAUCUCUCUUUGAACUUUUCUA